CACAAGAAGAGGACGAUCGUGACUGUAGAUGGCCACAUGUACGAAGGAUCGUUUCUUGAUGGUGUUGCACACGGCUAUGGAAGAAUGUCUUGGCCAGAUGGCCAAUGGUUCCAAGGUGAAUUUCUGCAAGGAAAGAGCGAUGGACUUGGUCGACGCGUCUGGAACAGCGGGCACGAGUAUGUAGGGGAGGAGCAUCGAGGCUUUCGACAUGGUGUUGGCAUUAUGUGUUGGCCGAGUGGGAAGAGGUACGAAGGAGAGUUUCGAAUGGACAUGAAAGAAGGGAUCGGCUUGCUAUGGUCCAACUCGGGGAAAUUCUAUGUCGGCAGCUGGUCUAAGAACGAGCAGCACGGCUUCGGGUUG